AUGCAUCCACUAAUAGAAGAUGAAAUUCACCGUCUACAUUCACUAGAAAUAAUUUCACCUGUCAGUCACUCUGAUUGGGCAGCACCCAUAGUUGCCGUAAAGAAGCCAAAUGGAAAAAUUCGUAUAUGUGGGGAUUAUUCAACUGGUUUGAAUGAUAGCUUAGAACCUCAUAACUACCCUCCUCACCGCCCCGAAAAACUGUAUGCAAAAAUGGCAAAUAGUUGUUUAUUUACUCACAUUGAUCUUUCGGAUGCUUACCUUCAAACAGAAGUUACACCAGAGUCCGCAAAACUUCUUACUAUAAACACACACAAAGGUCUUUAUACGUUUAAUCGUUUAGCACCUGGCGUUAAAAGUGCUCCUGGCGCAUUCCAAGAAAUCAUGGAUACAAUGCUUAUGGGUAUAGACGACGCUGCAACGUAUAUAGACGACAUCAUAAUUGGGGGAUCUACAGUUCAAAAAUGUUUGGAAAAUGUAAACAAAGUUCUUGAAAAGCUACGUUAA